AUGAUGGGCCGGUCAGUUUUGGCCCGCUUGCCUCAGGCGCUUGCGCUAUUCGCGAGCUGCUUCAGCGUUGGCACAGCGCAAUUUGGUGCAGCGCCGGCCGCGGCUAGUUCGCUGUGGCCACUGCAGACGUUCAAGAGCUCGUCGAUCCAGGCGCCGUUCAUGAAUGUUACCAAGAUGGGCCAGACCGAGCCCGGGUACUUGUUUCUGACACCCGAGGACAUCUCCCGUAACAAGGGGUAUCCGGCCAUGUACUCGGACGAUGGCCAGCUCGUGUGGCGAGGUGCGGAGGGGAACUACUCCGCUCUACAGCCACAGAUGUUGGACGGCGAGCCCGUGAUGGCAUACUGGUCCGGGUUCGCUGGCGAUGGCUUCGGAUUCGGCGCCAUCAGCAUACUGGACACCUCCUACCGCGAGAUCCACCGGGUCACCCUGGACUGCAAGUCCCAAAACUUCGUGACCGUCUUCGAGCCGAUGCAGUUCGACUCGUGCAUCGAUCUCCACGAGAGCCAGUUCACCGACGACGGCACUAUUCUCGUGACAGCCGUCAACGUCACCCGCGCGGACUUAGGCGCCAUUGGCGGCCCCAAGGACGGGUGGAUACAAGAUGGUCUGGUGUACGAGAUUGAUAUCAAGACCAACAAGAUUCUCUUCCGGUGGAGUGCCCACGAGCACGUUGACGAGCUGCCUCUCAGCGAUGUGCGUGCUCCGCUGGCAGGACAGGGACAUAGCCUGACUGAUCCGUUCGGGUAUCCGCAUCUGAACUCCAUCCACAAGUACGGAGACGACUACCUAGUCUCGUCGCGCUACAUGUGCAGCAUCAUGCUCAUUGCGCCCAACGGCACUUUCAUCUGGCAUCUCCACGGAGAAACCGGCGGCGACUUCACGCUGGGCUUGGGCACAAGCUUUUGCUACCAGCACGACCCCCGCUUCGAGUUGCAGAGCCCCGAGAGGGUCAUCAUCAGCAUGCACAACAACGACAACACCGAGUUCACAGGCCACACAUCCUUGACGACGGGGAUGGUAUUGGACGUAGAUCUGACAGGCUCAAAGGUGGCAUCGCUGAAGAGCCGGAUGUGGGACGCUGCACAGCCCGUGUACGCCGAGUCGCAGGGCAGCUACCAGCAUCUGGACAACGGACACGUUCUGCAGGACCACGGCGCCACGCCCAAGAUCGAAGAGUAUGAUGCCGAGGGCACGAUUGUCAUGCGUGCGCGCUUUGGCUAUGACAACACCAUGCAAACUUACCGCACCUACCGCUACCCCUGGGUUGGACGUCCGACGACCAAGCCAGAUGCUGUGGCGUGUCCGUUGGGGCAGGGCGGAAAGGCUGCGGUGUAUGUGAGCUGGAAUGGCGCGACGGAUGUGCAAUCGUGGAAAGUCUAUUCGGGGUCCAAGGUCGUGCACUCUGCGCCGAGGAAUGGAUUCGAGACCUCCAUCUGGGUUGAUGGGUUGUCUAGUGGUCAGUCUGUAGUUGUUGAGGCUGUGGGUGGUGUGGGUGAUGGAACACGGUCCGAGUCUGUCACUGUAGGACAGGGAUGUUGA